CUUUAAAUUCUGACUUGGGAGACUUCUGAGUAGCUUACCUGGUCAUCUGCAGCUAGAACGCCGCCAUGCUGCACUCCUAUAGACUCCGGUCCUCUUGAGUUAGGUGGAAAAUGCUGAUGCUUGAUUGCAAUCCAGAGUUGGGCAGUCUGAAGCAUUUGCUGGAGACUGGAACCUCCAUCAGUGCACCCCCGGACCCCUGCCAGCAGUCAUUUGCCCACUUGUUCGCAGGUGGUGGUCUUGUUUGUUUGCUUCGGUGGCAGCUGCAAACAGGCGCUGACCUCAACCAACAGGACAGUUUUGGGGAACCACCACUCAAGGCAGCAAAAAUUGAAAAUCUGGAAUGCCUUAGCCUGCUUGUAGCCAGUGAUGCCCAAAUUGAUUUAUGUAAUAAGAAUGGGCGAACUGCUGAAGACCUUGAUUGGUCCUAUGGAUUUCCAGAAUGUACCAAGUUUCUUACAACAAUUAACUGUAUCCAGACAAUAAAGUCAAAGGAACAAGAUGAUUCUGGCAAUUGUGUGCCAUUGCGCAGAAGGAAACGCAGCUCUAGCAGUGCAGCAUAUACAAAUGGGAAAAGGAGGUGUUGGUAA